ACCCAAGAAAAGGAUGGAAAGCUCGUUUUUGACUGUCAGCAUGGACCAGUGGAGUGCAAGGCCAACAUGGUUCAUGCGUGCGUAACAAAUAUUGUUAAGGAUGAGGGAAAGCAGUUAGCAAUUGUUCACUGCAUGAUAGAGAAAAAUGAUAUGCCAUUGAAAAUUGGGCAGAAGUGUGUCGAGAAGAAUGGUGAGAACUGGCAAAAUGUAGAGGCGUGCAUCCUCUCGGAUAAAGGUAGCAGCAUUCUGAAGCACAUGGGUGACAUGACCAAUAGUCUCAAGCCCCGUGUCUCCUUCAUCCCAACAAUUACUAUUGAUAGGGUCCAGGAUGAUCAGAAGCAUAUCCUCCAGGAUCUUCACAAAGUUCUCUGCAAGAGAUACAAAGGGCCAAAACCACCCUCAUGCUAGCCAAGCAGAGUAGAGAUUUAAGUUUGCAGAGUCAUGCUUAUGUUAAACGGAAGGGGAACUUGUGCCGUUCCUUCUGCAAAAAUUGCACAUUUGGUUCAUUCCAUAUACCGUAGUACCUGCCCUGAACGACACUUUGUUCCAGAUAUCGCCAUGCGUGUGUGUGUGUGUGUGUGUGUGUGUGUGUGUGUGUGUGUGUGUGUGUGUGUGUGUGUGUGUGUGUGUGUGUGUGUGUGUGUG